CAACUAAGGAGCAUGCGCAAUUUUCUGCCGACCGACCAAUCGUAAGGGUUUCAUGACGUCGCCGGCUAGCGGGGCCCGGACGAAAGAAGAAGUGAUACUAAAAAUUUAAAGAUAUAUCACUGCUGUUCGGUGAAAGUCGGUGCUGAAAAGCGAGAGCGUGUCCGGUGGGAGAAGGAUGGGUUGUGGCGGCUUCACCUGUUACAAAAAUGCGCUUUGUGCGCUCAACGUGGUGUAUAUGCUGGUGGGCUUACUCCUGAUUGGCGUGGCAGCGUGGGGCAAAGGAUUUGGAAUAGUCUCCAGCAUUCAUAUAAUCGGAGGAGUCAUUGCCAUUGGAGUUUUCCUUCUGCUUAUUGCAAUCGUUGGCUUAAUCGGGGCAGUCAGUCACCAUCAAGUGAUGUUAUUUAUUUACAUGGUUGUUUUGAUUCUGGUCUUUAUAUUCCAGCUUGUUGUGUCAUGCUCAUGCUUGGCAAUGAAUACUUCACAACAGGUGCACUUGUUAAAUGUAACUUGGAGCCGGAUGAGCAACGACACUCGUAUGGAGUUGGAGAAAUCCUUAAACUGCUGCGGGCUGCUGAAUACCACAGAGAGCAGGACACAGUUUAACAUGGAUUAUUCUCUCUGCAGAUCGGAAUGUCUACUGCAGGACCAGAAAUGUCUCACGUGUGGUGAUAAAAUGCUAAAGCAUGCCGAUGAAGCCUUAAAAAUCCUUGGAGGAGUUGGGCUGUUCUUCAGUUUCACAGAGAUUUUAGGAGUGUGGCUUGCCUUCCGUUACAGGAACCAGAAGGAUCCCCGUGCAAACCCCAGCGCUUUUCUAUAGAGACACAGAACCUCGUCGUGCAAUCCCUCAGUUAUGCAUUUUACUUUACAGUACCUGUCCCAUCUCCUAGCAGCUAACUUAUUAUCCUGUGGAUUCUAUGUUCUGUUUGGCAAAGAGAAGGGACAUGUAACAGAACAAGAUGUCUGAAUGAAUGUGGCUGAUUAAAACUCAUUAUGUAGGCAGACGUUGAGGAAUGCAGUCAAACCAUUGUAGGAUCUUUCAGCGUAAGAUGCCUAUUGGACAUUCCAUGGUAUUUAUUUCCAACCCCAUUCAGAAAUGUUAUUUUAAUUUUCAGGAACGUGAUCCAGUGCCCAUCUGCCCUUACAUGAAUUUCUGUUGUCCACGGUCUCUUAAAGAUGGAUGCCCAGAAGAGGCACCUCCUUAUUGCCAUGUUUUUAAAGAGCUGAAUGAAUGAUAGGUAGUUUAAUGUGUACAUAUAUAUAAAAAUACAUACCGAUCAUU